GAGAAACGAUGCUUGAACUAGUGCAACUUCGCCGCGUGUUCAAACUCAGAAUUGGGCUGGGAUUUUGCAAGUAGGGGUUCUGCGAAGCGGAGAGUCGCAUGCAGAUACGAAAAACGGUAUGCGAAUUAGGCGCAAUCGAGAACAGCAUCAACUGUUCAGCACGAGAACAUUAAGUACCAUGUGAGGUCUACUAAAUCUUCUUCGUUGUUGGAGUCACAUUUGGGUAAUCAGAACACAGCAUGUCAGGCAACUCAAAAGACAAUAUUUUGUUGUUUGGUGCUACUGGGUAUAUUGGAGAGUAUAUACUCAAGCGAUUGCUCCAAGAAAAAGCAAAGUUUGGCCGCAUUGCUAUCUUUACAUCUGCAAACACAGCUUCGAGGAAGGGAUGGCGAAAUGUCAUCGAGCAGCAAAUAAAGUGGAUAGAGAUUGCUGAGAAGUCAUCUUCAGUCAAAAGAUUCUUCCCAUCUGAGUUCGGCACCGACAUUGAAUACGGACCAUCAUCGGCACAAGAGAUUCCGCACCAAUUGAAAUUGAAAGUCAGGGGGGCUUUGAAGGAGACUUCCAGACUUGAGUUCACGUACAUUGUUACUGGACCAUACGCAGAUGCCGUUGAGCCUGCAUUCUUCGGCCCUUGUGCUGCCUUCCCAGAACUCGGUUCAUUCAAUGUCAAGAAUAAAAGUGCCGUCUUGGUCAGGGACGGAACGGGGAAGAUCAGCUUCACAUCACCUCAAGAUGUCGGAAAACUUGUUGUCAAAGCAUUAUUUCAUCCUCUUGAAGCGAAAAAUAAAGCCUUGAAAGUCAAUUCAUUCAGGACAACGCCCAACGAGAUUUUAGCCGAAUUCGAGAAGCAGUGCGGAGAAGGCAAAUGGGCUGUGAAGUAUACUAGCAACGACGAGUUACGAAAGUUGGAGAAGGAUGCAUGGUCAAACAAGCACCCAAUGGCACCAAUUUUCACCCUUCGAAGGGUAUGGGGCGAGGGAGGAACCUUGUAUGAAAAGCGAGACAAUGGGCUAAUUGAUGCUGAAGACAUGCAGACAUUGUCCGAAGCUGUGUCAGCUGCCAUAGCUACUCAGCUAUCAGGAGAUAUAGAUUCACAAAAGGAUAGAAAAUUCAUGUAAUUUGAACGUCCAAAUACUCAUCUUAUUCCGAGUCUUGGCGAUCAGAUAGGCUCGAUACCUCGUCCGAGAAACGUUCUUUCGCCAAAUUCGCCCUCUACUGUCUGAAACAAUGGCAAGCCCAUGAAGUAUCCACUUGCAGAAUGUCCUAGAGCCUCCCAGGUAUUCUGUGCCUCCUUCUCGCCAAUCUCUACGAGGGGCUUGCCACUUCCUGCAGCCGAAGCAUCAGCUGCAAGUUGCACCUCGCAACACUUUUCAAGCAGCACGAAAUGCGCCACGACUUCCUCGAUGGUUUUACCAGCUGUUAGAAGACCGUGGUUUCCGAGCAGAACAGCUUUACGAUGACCAAGAGCUUUUGCGAUAUGCUUCCCUUCUUCCGAUGCGAGGACUACUCCCGCAAAUGUGCUAAUAGAUA